AUGGUAAGGCUGCUCACAGUUUUGGUUCUGGUUGUUUGCUGGACGAGCUGUGGCGAGAUCUCUGCCAAAGGCGACGAAGGAGCCUGCGUGGCAUCGUCGCCUUCGGCGCGAGCGCACCAGGGCACGCACACUGCUGAGAGCCGUUUCGUCAGGCUGGGUGCGGCCCGCGAGACAGGUGAUACAACAAGCCAAGCUAUUGCUGGCCAGGCAUCACUCCUUUUCCGCAGGUUCGGAAAGCAUGGCGGCGAAGGAACCCUGGCGCUGCUCCUGUGGAGCUAUGGUGAAGUAUUCGGCCAAGUAUUGUGGUCAGUGUGGAAGCAGCUGGACGUACACGGCGCCCACGCAUGCCACACCUUGGCAGCAGAGAUCAGAAGGAGCGUGGGCCAAACAAGCCCCCUCACCGAGGCGCAGGAAAUCGCCAAGACGGCCGGAUCUGGCAAGAGCCAGACCAAGGCGGAGGGCAAGCCGGGCGAGGGGAAGGGAAAACCUUCCUACGCGGAGGUGGUAAGACCAUCGACGGAAGCGCUGCCCAAGCCGCCAGCAACGAUGAGUUUGACUACGCCGAAGCCAUCAGCGCCAGCCGCAUCUACGACGAGUGUGGAGCGACAGCAGUUGGAGGCCUUGAUGAAGACUCUGGGUUCGAUGAAAGAAACGCUACCACCCGAGACACUGGAGCUCUACGAGAAGUUUCAGCUUACCUCGGCGCAGGACAACUCAAAGGAGUUGCACAAGGCAGUCACCCUUCAGUCGACAUCAAGGAAGCAGCUCAUACAUAUCCGCACCACGAGACUGGGCUAUUUGGCGGCCUGGCAAGAAUAUUUGGUGUCGUUGACAGAUAUUGUACGACAGCAAGUGCAAGAACAAGGCAAGCAGCUGGAAGCAUUCGACACGGCGGAAGUCGAGUGGUCGCAAGCCUUGGAAAGAGCAUCCGCGGACUUGGCCAGACUGGCCAACGGGCCGCAGUCAGCGGUCAUCGACGUCGAGGAGGAGCAGCUCGGCGAAGAGGAUGCCAUGAUCGACUCGACCAUACAGACCGAGACGGAGCUGGAGGCAAGGCGUCAGCAGCAUGCCACAGAAGCGCAGAAGCUGGUGACGGCUUUGGAAGAGCUCCAAUCCAGCGCAGUUCAGCGUAUGGAGCAAGCAGGCAAGACGAGAGAAGGGUCGAGGACACCGCGGAGAAGGAACAGCGGCAGCGGCGAGAACCUCAAGGCCAAGGACGCGGAUUCAGGCAAGCCCGGAGACAAGCAACCCGGGCCAGGAGUCCCUGGCUAG